CUUUUCCUGCUGGCACUCGCCUCCUCUUCUUCUUCUCUUCGUCUCUACUUUUCUACGUCCUGCCUUCAUCCUCAAGCCGCCGACGUCAGGGGAACGUUUCAAUCCCCUCUUAUAUUCAGGUUAAUCUGAUUAUGAAGAUUUCCUCUGAGACGCCUUUUUGUCAAUGACAGCCAAGAUGGAGACUCCUUUCUACCACGACGACUCCCGCUUGGCUGAAGUCGUCCCCGGCUUCAGCCAGAUCGCAGAAUACGAGCGUUACCCGGGAAGCAAGAUGCUGAUGAAUAAGAAGGUCAUGUCAAUGGUGGGCAGUCAUCACUUCCCAGGUGGUGGUGCAGCAGGAGCCAGGGGCGGAAACCACCACAACCUGGGGCUCGCCGGCAACAGCUCCUUGAUGACAUCAGCGGCGCCAUCGUCGGACAUGAAUCUGCUGAAGCUGGCGUCCCCUGACCUGGAGCACCUGAUCAUCCAGUCCAACCAGGGACUGGUCACCACCUGUCCCGUGUCGAACUCCAACAAUCCCUUCAUGUACCGCAACCAGGCCACCAACGAGCAAGAAGGAUUUGCUGAUGGCUUUGUCAAAGCGCUCGCCGACCUUCACAAGCAGAACCAGCUGGUGGGAGGCGGCUCCAUGUCCCCGUCCUCGUCCUCCGCCGCCUCCCUGCAGACAUCCUACCAGAGGAACCUGAUGUCCAGCGGAGACAUGCCAGUCUACACCAAUCUCAGCAGCUACAACCCAGGCCAGGUGACGUACCCUGUGGGGCAGAUGGCGUACGGUAGCACCUCAGGCCAUGGUGGUGGUGGAGCCCCUCAACACCACGCCCGAGGCAUGGACGCCCCUCAGACUGUCCCUGAGGUGCCUCAACCACCAGGCGACCCCACAUCCCCACCCUCCCUCUCCCCGAUAGACCUGGAGACACAGGAACGGAUCAAAGCAGAACGCAAGAAGCUCCGCAACCGCAUCGCCGCGUCCAAGUGCCGCAAGCGGAAGCUGGAGCGGAUCUCGCGGCUGGAGGAGAAGGUGAAGGUUCUUAAGAACCAGAACUCGGACCUGGCCUCCACUGCCGCCAUGCUGCGGGAGCAGGUUGCGCAGCUAAAACAGAAGGUCAUGAGUCACGUCACCAACGGCUGCCAAAUCGCUGUUGGCUCGGCCACUGCAAAGUCUGGAGGAGGAGGGGGAGGCACCGGCAGCGAGGACUCCAGCUGCUGAGGAGGCGGGACACCAGGAGAAUGUGCGUGGGAAAAUAAACCGAUAGGUCGAGAGGCCGAGGGUUUACUUUGACCAUUUUGUCGUUUUGCUCGAACUCUCGGUCAGAGCGAGGCAGAGAGCGAGACGUCAACGAUGCCUCAACAGGACAGAUGGACGUUUAACGGGAUUUAUGUAGCCCCGUAAACCGCUGUCAAUCACCCAGCCAGAGGGGGGCGGGGCUUAGAGGAGAGAGAGGAGACAGAAGCACAUGAGCUCAAGUUCUGACGUUUAAUUUUUUAAGAGGAGAUGGGGGCUAAUUUAAUUUGAAGGGACUGUGUAUGUGAACAGGCACAUUUAAUUGACAGGUGAACUACAUUUACUGACGGAUUUUUCAAUUUUUAUUUUCAGAUGUCAUCUCAGUAAAUAAACUGUACUGGAAACAAUGGAAGCAGUGUCCCACCACUGAUUUUAUUCUAAGUUACAGUAAAAACAUUGUUUGAAUAACUAACAUGUUAAAAUUAUUUUUUACAGUGUGAAGUUGAUCUUUUAUUAUUUAAUACAGAAUUGAGGAGAUUGCUUAUAAAAAGUAAUCAAAAUAUUUAAAUCUAAAUUAUUGUGGAAAUAAUCAGAUUACUUUGAGUUACAGAGUGAGAACUGAAAAUUCCAUUUUCUUGUCAUAAUUUACAAUAAUCAGCGUCAGGAGAUUCAGGAGAGUGUCAAAGAGACAAUUUCAACACAACUUUUCCAAAUCCAGGAAAACUUUGUUCAAAAUGGCCGAUACUGCAGUUUUGUUUUGUAAUCCGAUUACUGUAAUCUCUUUGCUUUUAUUUUUAAUUUUUUUACUACAAUCCCACUCUGUGUUCACGCAGCUGAAGGACCAUCACUUUACAAAAAAGACUUGGACAACCCUGUUUUUACAAUAACUAGUUAUGGUUGUGAUAGAUUUAUGCAAUCUGAUUAAUGCAAUCUCUUUACAUGUCUGUAAAGCUCAGCUGUGGUUGGUAAUAAUCCAGUGACUGUUAAAAAUGUUGAACUGUGUUUCUGUGUUUUCUUCGUCUGUUGUUGCUGGAUGUUAAAAAAAAAAAACCUUUAAAGUUAUGUCUUCAUGAGGAAAUAGU